AGUAAAAACAAUACGGCUAGUCAUUGUAAAACUUUUAAGAAAAUAAUAAAAUACAAAAAAUGUUUCAUUUUAACGGGUUCAAUAUGGAGUUCCUCGAUAAUGGACGCAGUUUUCAGGAAACUUACAAGUGCUUCCCGGUAGCCAUGUUACCUGGCAAUGAACGUGAGGAUUUGGAGCGCGGUGGCAAAAUUAUUAUGCCACCAUCGGCGCUGGACGUGCUCACACGUCACAAUGUUGAAUAUCCAAUGCUUUUCAAAUUGACUAACCGCGCACAAAAACGCACAACUCACGCUGGUGUGCUUGAAUUUGUGGCCGAGGAAGGAAAAUGUUACUUGCCCUUGUGGAUGAUGCAAAAUCUCUUGAUUACCGAAGGUUCUUCUGUUCGUAUUGAAAGCGUUAGUUUACCUGUGGCCACCUUUUCCAAAUUUCAACCACAAAGCACUGAUUUCUUAGAUAUUACCAAUCCCAAAGCUGUAUUGGAGAAUGCUUUGCGUAAUUUUGCAUGCCUCACGAAAGGCGAUGUUAUUGCAAUUAAAUACAAUAAAAAGGUAUAUGAAUUGUGUGUACUUGAAACGCGCCCUGGGGAUGCUGUUAGCAUUAUCGAAUGUGACAUGAAUGUUGAAUUCGAAGCGGCUAUUGGUUAUGAGCCAUCUAAAUCCAAACAGGAGGUACAACCCUUAGAGGAGAGCCAAGAUCAUGUCAUGGAGGAGGUAGUUGAGACAUUUAAAGGUUCUGGUGUACGUCUGGAUGGCAAGAAAAAGAAAGACAACCAACUAGAUGCGCCCGUUAUCAAAAGGGCUCUCGCCCGCGGUGUGCCCGAUUACGAUUACCAGUUCGGUUAUUUGAAAUUUGAUCGCUCAAUAAAACCAAUCAGCGAGCGUGUGCCCAAAAAAGGUGAUGAAGAUGACGAUCCAGUAAGCUUCCAUGGGCAAGGCUUUUCAAUGAAAUCUCGAAAAAUUUAAAACCAUAUUUAAAAGUUCACAUAUGCAUAGUUUAAGAACGCUCUUUUCAACAGAAAUUUAUUAUAAUAAAAUAUAAUCACACCUUCAACGCUCUAAGGCUUCUA